GUUUUUAAUAAACUUAACUGUAAGUUUUGAGGAAAAAUUCAUCUACGGUAUAAAAACUGGACGACCAUUAAGGAUGGCUUUCCCUACUGUUCCAGUGUGUAUUCAACUUACAGAUUUUGAGGUGGAGAGUCCUCACUUGGGAGUAGCACCCAUCUACAGGACAGUAUUGCCUCCACCACCAUACAACCCUUCUCUGUAUCCUCCCCUGUAUGAUGUCUACCCUCCGGCCCCUGCCUCGCCUCACAAUCUCCCAGAGUACGUAGCUCUCGUUGGAAUACAUCCAAUGCACCAAGGCAAUGGCAUUUCUUACUAUAAACUGUCUAGUGAUCCCGUGGAGACAAUCAAAACCAGCAACCAAGAAGAUAAUGACAAAAAAAUUAUUACUAGAGAGGUUAUUUUAAACAAAAGGGAUGGAAAAUUUGGUCUCAAAACCGCAGUGAUGGGCAAGAGUGUGUACGUGGUGGGUGUCCGGGAGAAAUCUGCUGCGGGACGAGCUGGAGUUAAAGUGGCAGAUCAGCUGAUAAAAGUCAACGGUACAGCUGUAACAGGGCUGACCAACGACCAGGUGCACGACGUCAUACGCCGAUGUCCUCCGUAUGGCAUCAAGUUUACAUUGAGAAGCAGAAAAGACUAUGGCUUAUUCAAGAAAUUGGAAAACAUGAAAAAGAGUUUUAGUGACAUAUAAAUCAUUGGAGACCAAGACCAAAGGGUUUAUCCUAUAUAUUACUAUUACUAUUACUAUUAUAUAGGAUUAUAUUGUUUUAAGACAGGUUUGUGACAGAAAAAGAGGCCCGUAGAAUAAUAUUAUACUACUACCAUACUAAUGUUUUAACUCCUUAACCCAUUGGGGAAAGAAUUAAUGCGCUGCCUGCAGCACCCUCUAUCGGCAAUUAAUUUCACCGAAUUUGUAGACUUUUAAAACCUUAGGUAAUAAAUUAUUAAUUCUUUCGCCAUUUUGUUCACAGUAAAAUUGUCUACAAAAAAAUUGGUAAUUCGAUAAUCUCAGAGUGUAAAAUAAAUAAAAUUAUAAAUAUUAUAAAAAUAAAAAAUUUUAAAAACAAUUUUUUUAUAAACAUGAUUUACAAAUUCCAAGAUUAAUCCAAACACCAAAUGGCACUACUAUUAUAAAGUUCAAUUGAUUCCCUACAUAGAAAAAUCACAAGUUGUUUACUUUUAUAAGUAAUAUAAAAACAUAGAAAAAAAAUUGUUUGUUUUACCUUACCGCGGCUGAUUUUGGGUGAUAUCUGGUUUCCAUUAUUUACCAAAAUAAAUGAGUAACUACGCAAAACAAUAAGCAAGAUAUUUAUAAUCAUCAUAAAAGUAAGAAGACAAAAAAUGGGAUAGUAAUAAUAAAUAAAAUAAUAAUAAAAUAACUAGUGACGCUGCGUAGCGGUGACACGAACGGCACUCUUAAGUCAACCGCCGGCCUGCAGCGGCCGUACGAGUAACACUCGUAGGCGCCAAUGAGUUAAAGGAAUGUAUUCAAUAUAGAUGGAGUAUGUGCAUUUAAAAAUAUAAUAAAUUAACUAUUUAUAUUUUAUAAAAUGAUUUUGGAACACUGUUGAGAAGUAGGUGAUGCCUAACUUACCCUAACAGUAUGAGAAACCAGAGUUGAGGGGAUCAUAAUAAAAAUUUUAAACUUAAAAACCAACAUUUAUUUUUUAUAGAAACUAACCAAUACAAUAAUAAAACUUAUUUUUUAAAAUUAAAUUUUUGUUUUAAACAAUAACAAUGAUACACUUUUAAACACAAUCAAAUAGUUGAAACAUUAUAAAUUGGUUUUAAUUAAGGUACCUAUGACCUCCAUAGUAAAUGAAUUAUUAGUGAAAUAAUUUUACUCUACAGUAAGAGUGUAAACACAGAAGACAACAAAUGUUUACUAUACUGUACUUAA